CGUGACUUGAGAUCACCACGUCUGACCUACGUGUGGGUGUUCGUGCAUGUCGUCUGACAAUAGCUCAGAACCGGGAGGGCCAUUGGGAGAGAUGCCUGUCCAAGUCGUCCUGGCAUCCCACUCGUACUCCUUUUCAAUAGCCAAUCUUCCUCCGAAUGCCACGAUCUCCGAGCUAAAACAUGCCAUAUUUGAGCAGUGUCCUGGCCGACCUAAGCAGUCCGGGCAGCGCGUGAUUUUUUACGGACGAGUCCUAGGUGACAAUGAGACGCUGCCAGAUUCCAAUACACGUACUAUUCACCUCGCAGUCCAUCCUUCUGCUUGGACCGCAACGCCACCACCAUCCCCAAAGAGGCCCUCUGCGGUGCUUCCAGGAACAUCUUCUUCGGUUGUAUUUCCCAGCGUUGCUUCACCUGCCCCUGCCCCGCCAUCCACAGAACCACCACUUCCGCUUUCUUUACAAUUAUCAUCGUUACCUACGGAAUUCAUUACUCACAUGCAUGCGAAUGCUCUUCGCAUUCUAUCUGGGCAACCGGCAAUUUCUUGGCCUGGACCCAGUGAACUUGCGCACGCUCGGCGUGUAACAAGAACCGUCAUAAAAUACGCGGGUCUAGGUUGGGCAUCGGCGCUUGAACAAGACCUCCCGACGGACAUCGUACCUACUGCUGGUCUCCAAUAUACAACGGUCAUUGUGGAUAACUUACCGUUCUUGGCGCUCUCUUCGCCCGACGUCACACCUACAGCAGAACAAGCCUUAUCUCUCCGUAUCCUGACCUACACUUUUCCGCUCCUUCCCCUCCUCAAACAUCUUCCGCGUCCCUCGCCAGCGUCAUCCAGGCGAACUACUCUCGCCUCCGGUCCCCCCAAUCAGAACCAGAUUAUACGACGGUUCGGAAUCAAUGUGCGCGUGCAACGUGGUGCCCGAGCACCACAGGCUCCUGAAAUACUCGAGGAUCGAGUGAUUAUUGAUGACGAAAACCCCCAAGCAUAUUUCCCGCCCGUCCCCGAAUUUCGCUUCCAGUUCAACUUCCAAAUCCCCCCUUCUCGCGUAUUGUUGCAGCUCCUGUUCACGCUUUCGCGUGCUGCCCUUCUAGUUUAUUUCUUUGAAGCUGCGCGCAAACCACUAUGGCUUGCAUGCAUUGUUGGAUGGAUUGGCUGGGAAAUUUAUGUGGUUCUUCGCCACACUGGUCGGGAACGAGAUGCUAGGGGUGCGGUUCAGGGGGGUGCUGCUCAGAAUGCGGCCCUUGAAAGAAACGGGGCGAUGCCAGCUGGUGGGGAAGGACAGGCACAGGCAGGCGGUGGGGCUGGCCAAGGGAACGUUGGGCCACCUGCUGCUGCAAUCACCACUCCAGGAGUAACGAAUAUCUCGAGAUACAUUGAUCGCAUCGCUAAUAUUAACCUGGCGAACGAAUCUUUGGCACUAAGACUUGCUGUUCGUGCUCCGACACCUCGUUCUCCUGCUGUUCCUGGAGACCGUCCAUCAGGAAGUACGUCUCCACCGCGGGAGCAGGAAGUACCCGAGUCACCUGCCGGAUCUUCCACUGAACUAGCGGAUCACCUCGCUGCAGUUGAGCCAAGUCUGGUUCAUAGAAUGAUGACUUUCCUGGCCCUUUUUUCCGUCAGCCUGUUUCCAGUCAUUUGGGAUAGACGCAGGGCACGUUUUAGGGAACGUGAGGCUUGGGUGCGAGAAAUGUUCGAAGCCGGCCGACCGGAUCCGGAUGCGCUCGUUGUUGAAGGUAGACCCCCUCCUCCAAGUGGAACAGAGGAAGGCAGAAGGCGAAGAGAUGCACUUAUAGGCUGGCGCAAAGCUUAUGUUGACCGUGUCAUUGAUGGGGAAAUUGGCGAGGAUGUGGAAUUCUGAAAUGUGCACCUUUGACGUCUCUCUUCGAUUCUGUCAUCGAGUUGAUCAUACGACGUUAUUUCAGCGAUCUCUACUUAAAUCUUGAUCGUCCACUGCUCACAAAAGUUUCAUCAUUGGACAUAGACCCAGGAUCAUGUGGUGUCCUGAACCGUGAAUCGAAUGAUUGAUUGCUACUUAAUGCAUACUUUGUUGAUAGCUAGAGGCGACACAUUAAUUUUGAACCUUCCGCGGAGACUUGAAGGUGGUCCGGCCUAGUGCAAUCGAUCACUGCCAG